AUAAAAGAAAGAAAGAAAGAAAUGAAAGAGAGGAGAGAGGGGAAAAAGAGAAGCACAGGGCCGGAGGUGGAGGUGGAGGAAGAGGAAGAGCCAUAGCAAGAAGAAGCAAGAAAGACAGAAUCCUAACCAAGUCAGAUCCAUCCGGCGGCAAUUGGCCUGUUUUGAAGGGCAGUAUUGGGUCAGAAUCAGAUCUAUAUUUACCAAUGGAUGACCUCGAUGUGUUAGCUCGAGACUUGGGUUUUCGGCACGCAGGAAAAUCCGCACCAAUGAGAUCCGACGUCCGAUCAACCUCUUCUUCUGAUCCUGAUGCUGUGUUAUUCAACGAUGUCUUCGGUGGCCCUCCUAAAUACACCAAUACCAAUAACUCUGCCGAUUUCAAUUACGAUUCUAUUUUCAUCUCCGGCAAGACCAAUAACAACAAUGAUGACAACAUCAAGACCUCCUCCUUCCCUGUCUAUGACAAGCCAGUCUACGACGACGAUAUAUUCGACGGCUUACCAGGAGUAAAGAACAAAUCCCUAUCUUCUUCAUCUACACUGAGAUUUGAGGACGAUGUUUUUGCUACAAUGACUUCCCCGCCCCAGCAAAACACUCAUUUUGAUGAUCUCUUGGGGAAUUUCGGGAGGAAUGAGAAGGUGGCACAACCAAAGAGUAGUGCUGGUUCCACUGAGUUCGAUGAUUUACUAGCUGGCUUUGGAACUGGCACCAGUAGCAGGUCAUUUACAGAUUCAACUUAUCCCUCCAAACCAGCUGGAGAUUCAAAUAAAAGCUCUAGUAUGCUGGAUGAUCCUUUUGUCGUACUAGAGUCGACCUUGGUGCCAGCAAAUUCUCCUCCCGAGGAGUUUUCAGAUCCACUGGAAGAGAUUGGUAAGCUUGGUAAAUCUGGAAUGGCAAAAACUGGUGCUUCAUCAGUUAGUGGAGGGGUGUUUGAUGAUCUAGAUCCACUUAGUGGGUUUGAUAAGCCUGUUUGUCCACUUUCCCAUGAGAAGAAGACAGGAGGGAAGGACAGAAUCCCAUCAAAGGCUGGAGCAGGAAGGAGUGAUGCACAUAACUCUACCUCAAGAGAAAAUAUUGAGACACCGCCAUUUAGAUAUUCUGAAAGUCACUUGCAGAAAAAAGUGCCUGGGGAUAGUUUUCAAGAGUCUCCCCAUUUUAACAUGCCUUCAGAAGAUCCUCUGAGAUCUUUGGGUGAAACUGCUCCUCCUCCAUAUGCAGAUAAUGAUCUUCACGAAACAAACUUCCAAGUGGAUACAUCCCCAAGAUCAGAGGAUCAAGUACAGGCUUCUGAAGAUUUAUGGCUUACUGUAUCAGAGAUUCCUCUUUUUACACAACCUACAAGUGCUCCACCUCCAUCACGACCACCGCCUCCAAUACCACGGCGCAGUUCAAAGUCAGAGGCAAGUUUUUCCUCUUCAAAUGCAAGGAAGGGUGAGGGUUACUCCUCUUCCCCUAAUCACUACCAGUAUUCUCAGAGUCCUAAGCCGGUUCGUCCUGCAGUUAAAAGCCCUCCAGUCUCACAGUUGGAUGAACUUGAGGAUUUUGCCAGGGGUUGGUCUAAGAGUAGUAUUGAUGAAAAUGCUGAUGCUCUUUCUGGAGAAGAGAUGAAUGGAAACUCUGUUGCUGCUGCAUCAGCAGCUGCAAUGAAGGAGGUUAUGGAUAGAGCUGAGGCCAAAUUUAGACAUGCUAAGGAGGUCCGAGAAAGAGAAUAUGCAAAGUCUGCUAAGAGUAAGGAAGCUGUACUUCUGGAAAAGGAUGAACAAGCAAUAAAUGAAGUGCAGGAAAGAGAGUUUCGAGAAAACCAGGAGAGACUAGAAAAUGAGAGGCGACAGUGGGAGAAGGAAGAGGAAGAAAGAGCACAAAAGAAGCUUGAGAGAGAAAGGGAGAGAGCCAGGGAGCUUGAAAAAGAAAGGGCUCGGCAAGCGGUAGAAAGGGCUACUAGGGAAGCACGUGAAAGAGCAGCAGCUGGGGCACGUGACAGAGCUGCUGCUGAAACCCGUCUAAAAGCAGAAAGAGCUGCUGUGGAGAAGGUUGCAGCUGAAGCUCGAGGACGGGCUGAAAAGGCUGCAGUUCAGAGAGCACAAGCAGAAGCUCGGGAAAGAGCUGCAGCAGAAGCUAAAGAAAGAGCUGAAAAGGCAGCUGCAGAAGCAAGGGAAAAAGAAGCAUGUGAAAAAGCUUCUGCCGUGAAGGCCGAGUCUGAGGCACGAAGGCGAGCAGAACGAGCAGCAGUAGAAAGGGCAGCUGUAGAAGCUCGAGAAAGGGCAGCUGCAGAAGCUCGAGAAAGGGCAGCUGCAGAGGUUCGAGAAAGGGCAGCUGCUUCUGCAAGGAUGAACCAACAAAGGAAUGAUAAUGAUCUUGAAUCCUUUUUUAGUAUGGGUAGAGCCAGUAGUGCACCAAAGACGAGAACAAGUACUCCUGACAACAUAUUUGAUUCGCAGUUUCAGAAUAAAGCAGGAUCUGAAGGGCCAAAAUCAACAGCUGGUGUAGCCUCCUCCAACAUGAGGAAAGCAUCUUCCACGACUAGUUUCGUGGAUGAUCUUUCUUCUAUUUUUGGAGCUUCUGCAUCAUCUGGGGAAUUCCAAGAUGUUGAAGGGGAAACUGAAGAAAGAAGAAGAGCAAGACUAGAACGCCAUCAACGUACUCAGGAGCGUGCGGCUAAAGCUUUGGCUGAGAAGAAUCAGCGCGACCUUCAAGUGCAGAGGGAUCAGGAUGAAAGACAUAGAAUUUCCGAAACAUUAGAUUUUGAGAUCAAGCGAUGGGCUGCUGGAAAAGAGGGAAAUCUGCGUGCACUUCUAUCGACUUUGCAAUAUGUGCUUUGGCCUGAAUGUGGCUGGCAGCCUGUGUCCUUGACCGAUUUGAUUGUGGGUGCCUCUGUCAAAAAAGUAUAUAGAAAAGCAACCCUUUGUAUUCAUCCUGAUAAGGUGCAGCAGAAAGGUGCCAACCUUCAACAAAAAUAUAUUGCCGAGAAGGUUUUUGACCUACUUAAGGAAGCGUGGAACAAAUUCAAUUCUGAGGAACUCUUCUAGAGACUGAAUUUUAGCUCCCUUUUGGGUUUUUCAGAGGUGGGUAAAUUUUCCUAAAGCAAGCUCGCCUUUGCUAUGCCUCUGAUAUCUUGCAUUCCCCAGCACGAGGCGUUUGAUUGAUUUCUAUAGAUGGUCAUAGAAAUCUAUCAGUGAUGAUGAAGUGAAUUUUCACUGUGUUUUGUAAAUUUAUGUCAAUGCCAGAGACUUGUGGCUUGUGAGUAACGUGUUGGUGUAGAGUAGUAUUAUUUCCAUUCACGUUGUGCUUCUAUAGUGCAUUUGGUCACCCUCUGCAUGUGAUCAUUUGUCUUCGAUAUUCGUUUUUGGUUCCUUUCCUGUUAUGCUGCAGUUAUUUGUGCUGGAAGAGAUGUCAGUGUUGUUAGCCAUAUCCAACAUGGAAGGAGGCAUUGUAAAAGCAGAGUAUCCUACAAGAUGUAAAAUCCUAUGUAAUUUCCUUUCAUUUAUGUGAAAAAUUUGUUUUACGUGAGGAAAAAAGAUAUCACUUGAUUUAUAGAUUUUAUAAGAUCCAGUGUUGUAAAGAUAGUAUUUUUGCGGGUGCUAAAAUAUGAUGCUCAAAUCAAAGCUUGUAUGUUUUGUUUCCAAGUUCUUCA